AUGAUAAUGUGUGAAGCAAUAGCUGUGCCUUUACCAAGUUAUACCAUAAUCCAUAACGAUACUGAGGUCGUCAGUACUCACAACACACAUAUUAUAACAGUUUUGAAAUACAGUGAUGCUGGGUCAUAUAAAUGCAUUGCCACAAGUAUACUUGGAAAUAGUUCAAAGACCUUCAGCUUGUCUGUCACAGGUAAUCAUAUACGAUCUUUGCUAUGAUUGCAUUACCUUUUUAAAAAGUGAUAUAAACUACAGUGCAUCAAGCUUAAUAUGUAACUAUAUAUGGGCAAAUCAGAGAGCGGACUCUUAACAAUGUGAUUUCAUUUUCAGUAACACCAACAACGACUACUCCAACUACAAAGGAUUUCGGAACAGGUAAAGUCGUUUUCUUUUCUUAACAUGGUUCCAGAUAGUAUAAUAUUUGUGUUAUGUUUAAUUUUUUGGAACGCCCAUGCAGUAAACGGUACAUAGAACCAGAUGGUUUAGGGAAUUGGUAAACCCAUCUAUGUGACUGUGUUCUUAAUUUUCAGGAAAAGCAGCUUUAGAAGAAUGUAGUCGUAGUGGAACUGUAUGGUAUAUGGUUGUGGUAAUAUUGGUGUCUGGGAUUAUCAUUGGAAUUCUUUUUUGCUACAUUGUCUUGUGUUUCCGUCGUAAAUUUAGAAGUAGGAAACCUCAAUCAAACCCUGAACCAAAGGCAACUGAAGUUGAUACAUCUUAUCAAGAGCUUGAUCUUUCAAAAAUGAACACAGAAGAUAAUUAUCAAUCGUUGAGAAACAGAGGACCUCAAUCAAACCCUGAACCAAAGGCAACUGAAGUUGAUACAACUUAUCAAGGGCUUGAUCUUUCAAAAAUGAACACAGAAGAUAAUUAUCAAGAGUGAAUGCUGCAAGUAAUUACGAGGAUUCAACAUAUACUGAGUUAAACACAGCCAGAGACGUGGAGAACAACUACCAAUCUUUAACUUGAACCUGGAAUUUUAUAUGCGUCCCGUUCAAAUUAGCUAAUAAUCUUACUAAAUCUUACAUCUUUGUCUUUCAAACAAUUAAAUAAAAAUUCCAAAGAGCAAUUCCAGACGAGUAGCAAUGAACAUUAAACAAAGAAAUCAACGAACUAGGCAAACCAACCCUCUUAC